AUGGUGGGUGUACCUCGGCUGCGUCAGCUACGUGUCCGGGAUGAUUCAACUGCUUGCUCUGUCCCAGAACAGAUGCGGGGACUCUUGUCGAUCUGCCGUCCGGCCUACAGCCAGGCAGCCGAGCUGACUGUAGACAUUGCGCCUGCCAACACAGAAGCCAACAUCUCGUUGGUAUCAGAGGCGUAA